CUUUUUUAAUUUUUUUUUGGUCGCACAGCUGAGGAGGCUGGACCUCGCUGGUGAACGUUUUUAUUUUUAUGCCCAGUAGCCAGCUCCUCGCUUAGCGGUCGCAUUGCCGCUGCCUCUUUAUUUCCAUUGUUUCCUGACGCGACCAUUGGGAAGUCUUCAUCUCUGUAAAAUGCUCACUUAUGCCACGCGGCAGAACUUAAAUACUGAAGAGACGAGCAGGAUGGAGUUGACAAACAUCUGCACAUCAGCCUUGGAGCGACAGAGACAUGACAGCAAGCAGUCUUGCAGUGGCACGCUGGCGUACCAUGACCUGGAGGCCGCAGAGGCCUUGGUGAGCAUGAGCUCACUGGGUCAGAGGUCAGACAAGCCACGACCGCUCACACCCACCUCAGACUCCUGCGACUCCCUCCUGCACCCGGAUCCUACCGACCACACCAGAGACUUCAUUUCUCUAUCAUCGCUGUGCAUGACCCCCCCUCACAGCCCCAAAUUUGCUGACUCUUCCAUUGCCACCACGGUCAUGUAUGCCACUGCCUCCCCUGUCAUGAGCUCGGACCCAAGACCUGCCUUACCCCGGACCAGGCUGGGCUCCCCUGUCUCUCAGGGAGGCACCCCCCCGCCAUGCAGGGCCAUGGCGACCAGCGUCAUACGCCACACCGCCGACACGUCCCCUGCCCAGCAGGCCCCACCAGCUCCCCCUGCAGCCCCAAGCAGUGGGCGCCCUCCCCAUGAGCCUUCUCUGGUGCGGCCUGCCACUCCAAGCACCAACAGCAUUUGUGCAGCCCUGACCAAGACAUGCCGGGAUGUCGUGGUGGUACCCACUCCAGCCUCCCUGUCCCCAUCUGCUGUUGCCAGUUCCCCUGUGUUCUGCCAAAUGUUUCCUGUGGGUGGGCAGCCUGGAAUGAUUUCAGCUCUCAUCCAGACCCCUGUACGGACACAGACACCUGGGCCCUCCCCCUUCACCCAGCCCAUUCUGGUAGGCUCUCCCGUAGCCCAAGGUACAGUCAUGUUUGUGGUACCUCAGUCCCCAGUGCCCCCGCCAUCCCAGUGUCCCCCCACUGUAGUGACCCUUGGCAACACCAAGCUGUUGCCCCUGGCCCCCGCCCCAGUCUACGUGCCCUCGGGACAGAGCGGGAGCACAAUGCCUCAUGCUGACUUCUCCCGCCGACGGAACUACGUCUGCAGCUUUCCAGGCUGCAGGAAAACAUACUUUAAGAGCUCUCACCUGAAAGCCCAUCUCCGAACGCACACAGGUGAAAAGCCAUUCAGCUGUAACUGGGAUGGCUGCGAGAAGAGGUUUGCCCGUUCUGACGAGCUCUCACGGCACCGGCGUACACACACCGGCGAGAAGAAAUUCGCCUGUCCCGUGUGCGAUCGGCGUUUCAUGCGGAGCGAUCAUCUGACCAAGCACACUAGACGGCACGCAUCUACCAAAAAGACCUCUGCCUGGCAGCCAGGGGUGCAGGACCAUAAAAUGACAGAGGCAGUCAAGGGAAAGACAGGCACGCCUGCCUCCCGUGCUGCAGUUUCCCGCACUGAUGCGUUACCACCAACUCCAAACUAGCUCCCUCUUCCUGACUGCAGGCCCACCCCUCAACUGACCUCCCAGUAUCUACAAAGAAGGUGACAAUAUGAAGACAAGGCUGCUACAACAAUUUCACAAAAUACUCCAAACUCAUCUUGCACUGGAAGAACUGUCUUUUUCUAUUUUUGUUAUUCCUGCUUCAUGGGAAUUCUUGUUUACUUUCAUACAAGUCACACUUUACUAAAUGUACUGUUCAUUUGCCAAAGUCUUUCAGUAAACAUUUUGUCUGUCUGUAAAUGUGUACAUAUGCAUAUCUAUAUAUGAAUGUACUGUGUAUUACAAACUGCAUUUAUUUACAGAAUAUGAAAUGAACCUAUAUGUAAAAAAAAAAAAAAAAAACUCGAGUGGACGAUAUUCCACUGUGAUUUCUACCUACUCUUUCACUUUGCCUAUUAUUUAAUAAACAUUUGUAAGAAAUAAA